UCAUUGGAGGAAAUUGGAUGGACAGCGUAAGCGCUGGUCUCGAAUGAUAAAAUAGCAACAAAAAAAGGAGGAGGAGGAAAACAGGAGCAUGACGCGCGCGCACCAUCAGUGUGCCAACAGCAGCCGCGCGGAUGCUGCCACGGAACGGAGCUGAUUAUUCAUCUGUUGUAGUAAACACGUUUUCGUCAUCAGGACAAGCGCUGCGCGCAUUCCUCAGCAGGGUUUGCGCACAUCCAACAGUCAAUUUCUUUCCAGCUCUGCGUGAGAGCGCACAUCCCCGCGCACCUCUGUCCUGGAGGAAACCUUUAAAGCCAUGUGGUGCUGAAGGGUCUCCUCUGAAUUCAGAUCACUAGAAAAAUAUGGAGCAGCGUCUCUACAAACUAGAAUCCAGAAACAUGGACUCGUGUUUGAGGCGACUAAAGCUGGAACUGUUGUCCAUGAAAGAAGCUGGAGAUGGCCUCCAUGCACAGAUGAAUUCGAUGAUGGGAGCCCUCCAGGAACUCAAGCUCCUUCAGGUCCAAACCGCUCUGGAAAGCCUCGACAUUUCAGGACGACCCAUUAACAGAGGAAUGCCGCAUCCAGCUCCUGCAGCUCCUUCUCACACACGAGCUGCAGCUUCAGCAGAGGAACGCAGCUCAAGUUUGAGACAAACAAUGAUGGAUGAGCCCAGCCCAUCUCCAAUGCUAAGACCAAGGCUGUCUGUGGACAGCCCAAACUCCUCAAGCAGAGGUGAUGAGAUUUCUUCUCAAAGCAGGAGCAGCCUGGAAACCUCGUCUUCUUCAACAUCCAGUCUAGAGAGUGAGUCUGAGAGUGAAGCAAGUCCAAGAAGUGCAAGAAAUUCAAGAAGUGAGAAUGACCUGGAGUCAAUACCCAGAAGGUGGUCAGGAUACACAGCUCCCCAGGUGGACUUCUGUGGACCAGUUGUUGGAAACCCGCCACCAGAACCUUACCUUCAUUCAAAGACUCCUCGGGCAGCGCAGGUGAUGGACCUGCCGGGAAUCCUCUACAGCCUCUCCAGAGAAGGUCCUUCCUUGGACAGCGACUACUCUCAGGACAGUGCAGAUGAUGGCAGUGACUGGACGUCUUCUCUCAUGAGCCGCAGUCGCAACCGUCAGCCCUUGGUGCUAGGUGACAACGUGUUUGCAGACCUCGUAGGCAACUGGUUGGACUUGCCUGAGGUGGAACGAGAGGAAGGAAAAAACAAAGAAUGGAGAAAAAGGAGAGAUGAGAGGACAUUAGAAGGCAGCGUGGAUAGACCAGACACGCCUGCACACCCCCUACGGCUGAGCCGCUCACAAGAGAUCUGCAAGAAGUUCUCCCUCACCACCAACAUCUUCAAGAAGUUCCUGCGCAGCGUCCGGCCGGACAGGGACAAACUCCUCAAGGAGAGACCGGGCUGGGUGGCUCCCGAGCUUCAAGAGGGGGAUAUUUUUAAACGACCAAAGAAAGUGGCUCCAAAAAAUUCAAAAGGCAGCUUUUAUUUGCCUUUCUGGGCAAACGGGCAGCAGGGCAAAGGCAGGCCAUGUCCUGAGAGGAGCAGCCACCUUCAACUCUUUCCCCAAUUCCAGCAACAGCCAUUCACAGGGAUUUAUUUAGACAGGAGACAGCCAGACACUGGCUUGGAGAAAAUGCAGCCCUUGUUUGACUAUAACACAGCUGUGUGGGUGUAGGAGGGAGUCCUCAGCCAGAAGACUGUCACUUGUGUCAAACUGGCAGGUGCUGGUCAGUUGAGGGCGUGAAAAAAAGAAGUGAAUGGAUGAAUGAGUGGAAAGUCUCGGGUACAAUUACCUUCCAAAAGGAAACGCUGAACUUGGCACUCACCACAUGGUCCUCCGGGGACUGAGAAGUUAUCUGAUCGUGGUUUUGUCCAUCGGUCCCAAAUGCUGGACUUUGUUUAUCAUGUGUAUGAGUGCAGCAUGUGAUCAUGUGUUUCUGUUAUUGUUGUUUCAAAUAUUUUGAAUUGAUGCUGCAAGACCUAUAUUCAAGUUCCUGCACACAUAAAGAGAAACUACAGGAGUGCUUGGUUGUUGUGGUACCAUAAAUGGUCAGUUUUUGAUCAAUUUUGAUCAAAUAUCAACAAUUUUAAACUAAUGUGCAACAAGGCAUGACAGAUUACUCUUACUUCUCUGCAUUUUUAUGUUUUCGUGUGUACAAUUCACCCAACUGUUGCUAGCAAGUGUUAAGUACGUGGGAACAGAUUGAGGCUGUUUCAGAGCACACUGCCACCAAACCUUUGUAAUCUUUUUAGAGUUUCCAAAAGUCUCAGAGACUCAGGUUUAACUGGACUCAUCUCAAUCCAUUUGCUCAGGAAAUAAAGCGUUAAAGCUGCCAUAAUUUAUCCAUAUAUGCAGCAAUUGUGUAAGUAAAUAUAUGCAAUCUAUGCUUUCUUUUGCUGUCAAAAAUUCCUCAUUGAAAGAAAAACUAAGCCCAAUGUUUCUUUCUUUUAAUUUAACUGCUUGUUUGCCUGUUGUUGUUUUUUUAUUUUGUUAAUUAACAGAAAAAAGGUUAAUUUAAUCAGAAAACUUGUUAAAUAGAUUUUAAAUAUUGAUUGGUUCAGACUCAGCAACAACAGAGUGUCCAUGAGUAUUAUAGUGCUUACUACAAUGAGUGAAAUGCUGUCCUCUCUGCCAUGUGGUCACGGCAAAUGGGGAAACAACUGUAAGUCCUCUGAGGUUGUUGCUGUGCAGACAGGGGCAGGGGUUAACAUGGAGCUGCUCAUCAUGGGUACAGACUAACUGACCGCCAUCUGGCGUACAUUUAUUACACAAAGCAUGUUUGAAGCAGUACAAACGUUCAAAAAGAGCUUUGAAUGCAGGAUUAGGAGGAUAACACUGGAGACUAUGUAUAUAUAGGGAGAUUAUUACUGAACAAGGUGGUGAUACAGCUGAAAUGACACAUUUGGGGAAAUGGACAGGGAUUUUUUUAUUCAGAAUUCAGUUAACAUGUUUGUACAGAGCUUUGUGUAUAUUUUUCAUCAACCAAACGUGAGUAAUAUUUUCAUUUUUUGGAGAUCCCAUGGCAAGGUAUUCAUCAAUUUUGUACAAAUGAAUAUGUCAAAAUAACAGUCCUUUAUUUAAAAAAAUAAUGCCAGGGCAGUUAUUUAUUUCUUCUAAUAAUCUGGUUAAUUUAACACAAACAGCACAAUACCAGCUAAAGUCAACGCCACUUUCUCAGGAUAGCAAGCAACACUGCCCACUGUCACCCAGAAUGCUUUGUGUCUGAAAGAAGACCACUCUUAUGCAAGAACAAUCUCUGAACUCAUUUUAAAAAUGCAUUCCAUAACAUCCUUAAUGCUGUUCCGGAUGAACAAACCCAGCCAGCAAGGGGUUAGGCCGCGGAUCUCUUUUAAUGUCUUGGCCAGCUGAUGCACAUGGUGCCAUGUCAGUAUUCAGGUCAACACUUUCUGCAUGUUCAGAGGUUCCACACAAACACACACAUAUGGAGUUGACACAGUCAAGCCACAGUUAUUUCUGUUUUUUUCAAUUGAAUCUGUCACUUAAGUGUAGUUUCCUGCACCAUUGUGGAUGUUUUUCAUUAGGGUUCUGCAAACCUUUAGUAGUUUUUAUGACAUGUGCACUGUAAAACUGUCGAUGACUCUUUGUAAAUUAAAUCUCUUUACAAAGAAAGAAA